CCAGAAUGGACUAAGGAAAAGAUAGAGGCUCAUCUGUCUCCCGUGAUUUGAUUUUCCUUCGAUUACAUUUUGUGGUCGAAUACGUCCUUUUUCGCAAGAUGCGUGCAAGUGCAGCAGCAGACGCAGUCUCCCGCGACGUGGACGACGACGACGACGAGUUAGAUUGGGGUCCUCUCAAACGCAUCACGCAUGAUAUCCAACAUGCCAACGCAACGAAUGUUCCAGUCCAAAAAGAAGUGCUUAAUGGUCAAUCGCGGAAUGGUGCCACUACUGACGUAGUCCCGCAAGUGUCGUGGCGAAAUGUGUAUUUGUUUCUCGAUGUAGACGGCGUCUUGCACCCUGACGACGCUAGCAAGGCGCCCAGCCGCGACUCAGUUCUACGUGUGCCGCAGUUGACGUGCUUUCGCGCCAUCGUUGAAGAAAUUUAUCGGCGGACAGGGACAAGGAAGAACUUUAAGUGCCGCAAUUGAGGGUUUAUUUGAUAGGUGGCCUUUGUGAGGUCGUGGCCCGUAUCCAUCAUGAAGAUACUCGGUUUCUUUUUGUUAUUUUUGCAAAUAUCACCCAGACGUGCACCUUCUCAGCUACUUAUUACUUCUACUAGUUUUUUGAUCUAUAGCUUUAAAACCUCCAUCGGUGCCACCGUGGGCAAAAUUUUCCUUGUGCUGAGCUCGACCUGGCGUGAACAUCCACCGCGAACGCAGAGACUAUUGCGAGAGCUUCGCAAGUGGGGAUUGCAGUUACUUGCCCAGGAAGAGGACUCGCAGAAUGAUGGAAGUGCGACGAGCUUCGUGAUUCCUGUCGUGGUAUCUAGCACACCAGUUUUGAGCGACUUUUUCGCAUCCAUAGAGCAGAGAAGAGAAAGGGAGAUACGAGCGUGGAUUCGGAAGUUUGCGACGGACUUUGAGGUACUAGAAAAUGAAAAUGAUCGUCCGGCGUUGGACGACCAGGAGAACAGCGUCUUCCUCGUAUUAGACGAUUUGGCUUUGACCGAAGCCGGUUUCGGACCACGACAAAACACUUUCCUGCACGUAGAUCGCACUACGGGACUUGUGACAGAAAAGGACGUUGCAAGAGCAGUGGAUUUGAUGGAAAAGCAAGUGCCAUUGGGUUUGGGCCCUGGCAGAGCUGGAACCAUUGAAAAACAGGACCUGAUGGGUGGAUAACAAUAAUGAAUAUAUAGUGAUUCCGAUUCGGUUUGCUUCAAGCCAAUUCGCGACUUUUUUGUCUGUCAUUGUGGUUCAUCAGAAACAAAUGACUUGCGGUGUGGCUUUGCGGU